UCUAAAUAAAUAACCAACCAAAAAAAUCUUGCGUUUAAAUGUUGAAAAUACUAUCUAUAUUGAUCCCUGAAUUUUAGGCAUCUUUGCACCAGUGAGUGUAUCACUCCCCUCACCCUAGUUCUACACUGCAUUUUAUGUACGAAGAACAUGAAAUUAAGUUACACAAAACAAACGAGCGCUCAGGAAGUGUUAGCUGCUCAUUGUAACAUUCACUCGGGAAGGUUUGCGAAGCGCUGCCUAUCAGCUAUGUCUGCGGCAUCCGUCUCUUUAAUGCCUUGCCCCGUUGCGCCCCGUGAGGCUUUGCGCCCCCACACCGUCCCCACUGUAUCCCAUCGUGCCCUGCGCCUUCCGGCUGUGUUUGUCCACAGCCCCGCCUUUUCCGGCGCUUGCCGCAUCAUGGCGCAGGGGCAGCGCAAGUUCCAGGCGAAGAAGCCGGCGAAAAGCAAGGCAGCGGCGGCGGCCUCCGAGCGGACGCGAGGCCCGAGGAAGGGUGGUCGUGUUAUCGCCCCCAAGAAGGCGCGCAUCGUGCAGCAGCAAAAGCUCAAGAAGGUGCGUGGGGCGUGUGAGGAGCCUGGGGGCGGUGAUGGGCGGAGGAUGGAGCCUGCAGUCGGUGGGGGGAGCCUGGGGGCGGUGAUGGGCGGAGGAGGGAGCCUGGAGCCGUCAAAGUAUUAA